AUGGAAAUCGACUAUCGGCUCGGCGAGCUACCGUCUGAGGUCCAAGAUCUGAUUAUUCGGGACAUCGAUGAAAUUCAAGGGACUUGGCGCGAGCGACAGAAGCGGAAGGACGAGGUAUUGGCAAUGCUACAACGCUUGGGAGUAGGCGGGAUUAAGCGUCGCCUGGUCGUUAACGCUGAAAGUUUGUUUGAAAUCCGAAAGGAGUGGCCUGUGAAACAAAUUAAUGAAAGUCAAUUACUUCAAGAAGAUAAUGCAUUAUCGCCCAGGAGUGCAACCGAAGCGUCUACGGAGCCUUCGUCGCCUGUGAGGGGCGCUGGAUCAGUGGCGGAGUCCAAGUGGUGGCAGAAGCAGCAUUUCCCCGCGGGAAGGUUUGUGGAAGGGGCGAUUUGCGUGAACUCGAACGAGGCCGUAGAGAUAGUGGACCCUGAAACGGGUCCGUGGAGUUGUACAGCAAAAAUCGCGGAAGGAGUAUUUUAUCAAAAGCGGACGAGUGAGAAGCACCAGGUGACGAUGUAUGAGACAAGAGCUCUGGUUCGGCGACGAAUAGAUGAAGGGGAUAAAAAAGAACAAGACAACAAGCCACUGCAGUAUUUCCAGUGGGUGCUUCAGGACCACCGAUCAGGGAACAACAUAUUGCGCACCCAUUUUUAUUUGGAGAAGGUGUAG